AUGGCAUCAUUGACGCAAAAUUCACAUUCUGAUCAUCAACCUUCGGUUAUUGACAUAAAUAUAAAUGUUAAUGUGACUAAAUUAAAUAACGAUGGAGCAGAUUUGGGUGAUUUAUUAACUGGUCCAUCACGUCCAGUCUUAAAGUCAUAUCCGAAGACAAAAUAUAAACAUCAAAACCGUAGCUUUAAUGCAGCUUAUUACAACAGCUUUGUAUGGCUUGAAUACAGUAUUGCAAAUGAUGCUUUAUUUUGUUUUGCUUGUCGUAAUUUCACUAUGUCUAGUAACAAAAAUAACGAGGAUAUUUUUACAAAAACUGGUUUUAAACAUUGGAAAAAGUUAAGUGGUUCAAGAGGUGCCAAUAAGGGUAGUAAAAGUAAGCUUGAAUUACAUGAAGCAACAAUUCAUCAUAUUACUUGUAUGGAAAAGUGGAUGGCUCAUAAAGAAACUGAAAAAACUGGUACUGUAUUGACUCAAAUUUCAUCUCAACAUAAGCUGUUAAUCGAAAGCAAUCGUAUGUAUAUAAGAACCCUUAGUGAAGUAAUAUUAUUUUUGUGUCGGCAAGGUUUGGCAUUCAGAGGUCACGAUGAAUCCAUCGAUUCACUUAAUCAAGGAAAUUUUAAAGAAACCUGCAAUUUGUUAGCAAAAUUUUACCCUAAAUUUGCUCAGAAGUAUAAAGAAAAAACCAACCAUACAAGCCAUGGAAUUCAAAAUGAAUUAAUAAGUAUAUGUGCUAAUAUAUUAAGAGAAACAAUUAUAAAAGAAGUCAAUGAUGUAGGCAUAUUUGGUAUCAUGUGCGAUGAAGCUAGGUGUUUUAAAGAAGAGCAGAUGGCAUUAUGUAUAAGAUAUUGCAAGGGAUUGGAUAUAAAAGAAAGAUUUUUGGGUUUUAUCGAUUGUUCUAUGAAACAAGACUCAGAAAGUUUAAGUCAACUCAUGUUAGAAUAUCUUAAACAAUGCAAGUUAAGUCCCCAGGUAGCAAUUGUAGCACAGUCCUAUGACGGAGCCAGUGUAAUGUCGGGGCGUUUUAAUGGUGUACAGGCAAAAAUUAAAUCAAAAUACCCAUUUGCAAUAUACACGCACUGCAUGGCACAUCGAAUUAAUCUGGUGGUAUUAGAUAUGUGCAAAAUUGUGAAGGAUACUAGAUGUGUUUUUAAUACAUUGGAAGCACUUUAUAUACAUUUUUCCAAUCCAACCAAUAACCAAAAGAAUUGUGAAGCUGUGAUUACUAAUAACAAAGGAAUAUUAAAAAUAUUAAGCAAUGAAAUUGAAAAUGAAUCAGAUAAGGACUCAAAUGAAGCAUUAGAGAAAUCGGCGACUCUUGGCAACUCAGUAAAAAUUAUUAAAGCUGUAAUCAAAAGUUUUGAAGAUUCUAGAACAGUUGAAAGUUUUGCUCAAAUUUGGUUUGAAAUAAAUGCAUUUUCUACUGAUAAUAAUAUUGUUAUUGAUAAUCCAUUUCAAGGAGAAAAAAGAAGAAAGAUAGAAUCAAAAAGACUUGAUAAUUCCAUAGUUACUGCAAGUACAAGUGCACAGUACACUGCACCUUUGAAUGAUGAUAGUCAGUCAACUGAGUCAUUUUACAGAAACAAUGCAUAUUAUGUUCUGUUAGAUACUAUAGUGACAAGGCUGAAGGAAAGAUUUUCAACAGAUAGUUUAGCCAUGGGUGAAUCUGUUGAUAAUUUUUUUAAAUUGAAUUAUGAAGGAAGUUUGUUUUUCAUUGAUCAUUAUCAAGGUUUAUUGAAUUUAUCAAAACUAAAUAUUCAAUCAGAGAUGAUAGUGGCGAAGAACAGUCUAUUACAAUUAGGAAUUAAGGAUAAUGAAAUCAACUAUGAAUAUGAAAUCAUAAAAAAUGUAUUAACUGAAAGUGUAUUCCCUAGCUUAUACAAACUUCUUCAAGUAGCCAUGUCUUUACCUAUUGCAUCAGCUACAUGUGAAAGAAGUUUUUUCAGCUAUGC